CAGGAACGAAAACUCCGGGAAGUUGACAUGUACAUGAAUCGACCACAAAUUUGUCGGCUCCCUCUCAAGAGCCUUACAAGUUUGUGUCUAUCGCUCAGUGGUUGUGGUUUCCUUGGUUCUUAUCAUUUUGGCGCUGUGACUUGUAUGCUGAAAAAUGGACAACACAUAAUCUCUCGACUAGAACGAGUGAGUGGUGCAUCGGCUGGAAGUUUGGUAGCUUCGGUUCUAUUGCUCAAUCCUGGAAAGAUUGAACCUGCGCUCGAUAUACUUUAUAGUCUAGGAGAUGAACUUAAUCGGUUACGUUUCGGAGCCCUCACACCAGGCUAUUUUUUGAAUGAAAAAUUGAUAAAGAUAGUAGAGGAUUUCAUACCAAAUGACAUCUCGCCAGCGCAAGGAAGAUUAUAUAUCUCGCUCACUUUGAGGAAGGAAAGGACGAACAAACUUAUUUGCAAUUAUUCAAGUAGAAAUCACUUGAUACAAUGUUUGAUGGCGAGUUGUUAUAUACCGAUGUAUUCGAUGGGUUACGGCGCUGAAGCGCCAGUGAUUGAUGGUCAAGUAAGUUAG